CAUUUUCAACUUCAAGUUCAUUCUGACGUGAAUCGUGAUAGAGAUUUUUUUCGUACGACACAGUAUUAUGAAUUGUUGUUUUAUUCUCAAAUUGUACAUAAACGUCGUGUAAGUGAAAAUGUUGUGAUAAUGUGAGGUUGUACCUGUUAAAUAAGUGAAAUGGAGACGAAUGCAAAUCAAAAAGUGUCCUGUGUGGUGAACUAUGCCUACGAUGCAUCAGAGCCCGACGAGCUGACGAUCAGACCUGGUGACACGUUGAAGGAUAUCGAGCGCCUGCCGGGAGGCUGGUGGCGAGGCGAGCUCAGGGGACGCAGGGGCAUGUUUCCGGAUAACUUUGUUACAGUGUUGCAAGACAGCACUAAUACAAGGUCGGGCGGCGUGCAGGGCAGGUGCCGCGCGGUGUUCAGCUACCAGCCGGCUAACCCGGACGAGCUGCCGCUGUGCGUCGGCGACGUGCUGGAAGUGCUUGGCGAGGUGGAAGAGGGCUGGUGGCAGGGCCGUCGGUUCGGGCGCGUGGGGGUGUUCCCCUCCAACUUCGUGGUGAUGCUGGAGCCCGCGCCCCCCUCACACCCCACGCCUCCUACACACCCCGCUCCCCCCUCACACCCGGCUCCCCCCUCACACCCUGCUCCCCCCGCACACCCCGCCCCCCCCGUGGAACCCGCGCCCGCGCUGCCGCCUAAACCUGUGAAGGAACAGUGCCGCGUGCUAUUCCCGUACACGGCGGUGAAUGAGGACGAACUCACACUUGCCGAAGGGGACAUAGUGACGCUCGUGUCAAAGGACGCGCCAGAUCGCGGCUGGUGGCGCGGGGAACUGAAUGGACGUGUUGGACUGUUCCCGGAUAACUUCGUGCAGCUGCUGCCGGCUGUGGCACAAGACCUGGAGGAGAAGAAACCGGACCGGCCGCCGGCGAAAACGACGAAAUGUAUCUAUCCCGUAUUAAAUAAGUACACGGAGAAAACUGCUGCGGUCACGGAACUCACAACUACUAAAUUAAGUAUGCACAAAGAAAACGCAGUUAACAAGGAGAGCAGCGCGCAGAGUACGGUCACGCACACGAGUAAAAGUGAAGCCGAGAAGAUUGUACACAACGAGACAGUCGUAGACGGUGUUGAUGGACAGAUCAAAAAGCCUCCCGUUCCUCUAAAAAAGAGUCCGACCCCGACGUCGACGGUCAGCGGAAUGUUCAGCGGGCUCAAGAGUAAGAUGCUAUGGUCGUCCGAUAAGACCGAGAAAACAUCGAUAUCGAUAUCGAGUGGCAGCAACAGUAGCGUGGAAGGUGAUAAAACUGACGGUAUCACAAGUAGCAAGGUCGCCAACACAAAUACCUUCGAUCAUAUCGAGAGGAACUCCAUAUUGAACGACCCCAGGGCUGGCAGGGUAAAAGCACCUCGCCGUCGACCGCCGAGUCAAAUAAUAAGGGACGAUUCGCCCGUCGCCAUUGGACUUAGUAAUGGACAUGAGGUGCCACUAGAGAAAUCGGACAAACCGGCGGACAAAUCGAGCGACAAAUCGACGGAUAAAUCCUUAGACAGAUCGGCGGAUAAAUCACACGACCGAUCUUCGGAUCGAUCGCUAGAUAGAUCGGCGGAUAAAUCGCUAGACAGAUCGUCGGAUAAAUCGUUGGAUAAAUCGGAGAUCAAGCCACGUGCGCGCGAGUGGGAGAAACAUAAAGCGCCGUGGAUGGAGGAGCUUAAACUUAACCAAGCUAAAAAGGGCGGAUUGGAAAGGCAUCGACACACAAGUACAGAUAGGAUCGUGGAUUGCGGCGUAGAAGAGAAACGUUCGACGCACUCAAUGGAAAUGUCCAAAAGCACAUCGUCAAUUAGCAGCAGGAUAUCGGUCUUGGAGAGCCUGGAAACUAGCUUAGAUAAGUCCCGAAACUCACUAGAGAAGAAGGAUAGUCCACCGCCGGAGCUCCCCACGAGCAAACCACCACCACUCAAUUCACCCACCGCAGCUGGCCGAACAUUAACAACAAUGCUCGAUGACAUAAAGAAGAUAGCGCCCCUUGCGCCUGCGAGAUUAGACCUCGAGAAAUCACCGGAAAAACUCGAAAGAACGGAGAAACUCGAUAGAACGGAGAAACUAGAGAGAGUAGAGAAACUAGAGAGAGUAGAGAAGUCGGAGAGAGUGGAGAAACAAGAGCGAGAGAGAACGGAGAAGAUAGAGUCGAUAAGUGCGUUCUCGUGUGAGGAGAUUAGUGACAGUUCGCUGGACAGGAGUAGAGAGGCGCUGAUUGCGCAGCUUAAUAAUAGAAUAACAAACCUAGAGAAGCUAUUGGAAGUACAAAACGCAAAGUUCACGGCGGCCAUCGAAGAUUUGAACGUUAGAUUAAAAGCCGAAGAGGGAAAGAGACAAACGCUGCAGAGCGAGAUGGAGAAACUGGCGCAUUGCGUCACACAAGUAUAGAUUUUUUUAUUUAAAUAUAUUAAUUUUAAUAUAAACGGGUUUGGGUACUUUUGUAUGGGCUAGGGACGUCGGGCUUUCGCGGCCAGCGAUGAAACUUGGAUAUUUUAAAAGAGCAAUAUAUAAGCGUUCAUAUAGAAUUUUGAUUAGAAUUCUCAAAUAAAUAAAGGAGAAACCUAAAAAAUCAUAAAAAUCGUAUAAUAAAUCAUCUAGAUUCUAUGUAAAUGGAUACAAAACUAAAUAUCUCUGUUCCUAAGACGUUUCGAGAUUUAUGUCGAUAAUAACUUUAGCUCACAAUAAAUUGUUCUUUUAAAAUAUCCAAGUUUCAUCGACUGGCCGCGAAUGUUCAUCACGACGCCAACUUUACCCAAAUCCCUUUCAUGUAUAAAGAUAUAGGGCGUAUUAUGCCGAAGUUCACAAUUAUUGUCAUGUAUACAUUCCAUUUUGUUUUAUUGUAAAUGAAAAUCGCAUUUUAUGUUUGUACCGCUAUGUGCAUUUCUCGGUUAUGUCUAGUCUGUUUUAGAAACGAAAUUUUUCAUGUAUGGUUGAUAUUUUUGGUGUAGAAAAUGGAUUGAGUAUAUGUGUUGAUGAAAUAUUUUUGAACAAAGAAAGGUUGUUAUUUAAGGCUGGUUGCAGAGCUUGACCGACCGUCAGUGCGUACGUCAGUCGCGCUUGUCAUAUGUAU